AGCUUGGGAAUGGCGUUGGGGUUCACUGGCUUCAUGGUGGGGCUGUCGCCCCGCCUGGCGCUGCUGGCGCUGCUGGAGGUGCCCCUCACCAUCACCGCGCGCAAGGUCUACGAUGCCCGGUACCAGGUGCUGCGGCGAGCCGUACUGGAUGCCACGGCCAACACGGCAGCAGUGGUGCAGGAGGCCGUCUCCUCCAUUGAGACGGUGAGGACCUUCGCCGGGGAGGAGGAGGAGGAGCGUCGCCAUGGCUCAGCAGUGGACGAGAUGCUGAGGCUGAAGGACCAGAUGGACAAGGAGCGGGCAUUCUUCAUCCUUAUCCAGCGGGCGCUGCAGCUGGCUGUGCAGGUACUGGUGCUCUACCACGGGCACCAGCAGCUCCGCGAGGGGACCAUCACCGCCGGCAGCCUCGUCACCUUCAUCCUCUACGAGGGCAAAGUCGGCCGCCAUGUGCAGGCGCUGGUGUUCGGCCACGGUGACUUGCUGAGCAAAGCGGCAGCCCGUCGUGCGAUCUUUGAGUACCUGGACCGGGACCGGGAGCCCACCGGGGACUCCGGGGGCACCUGGGCACCCGCCACGCUGCGGGGCCAUGUUGCCUUCCGCUGUGUCUCCUUCGCCUACCCCAUGCGCCCCGAGCACCUCGUCCUGCAGGACGUCUCCUUCGAGCUGCGCCCCGGCGAGGUGACGGCACUGGCAGGACUCAACGGCAGCGGGAAAAGCACCUGCGCGGGGCUGCUGGAGCGAUUCUACAAGCCCCGGGCCGGGGAAGUGCUGCUGGACGGGGUCCCGCUCCAGGACUAA